GGAAGUGGUGAGGCUGACUCGCUGAAACUUCUCAGAGGAGAGACCAUUUUGUAGCAGAGGAAGCAGUGUCUCUCUGGAACGAGCUCCCAGCAUAACUCCAAUUGACCAGAACAGUUCCUGGACAGAAGCAGCUGGAGGUUGGGCAAGGAAUUCCUUGGAGGCGGCCACAGAGAGGGAAUCCAUGGCUGUGGCAUUGGCAGCAGGGCUGUGAACACUCCUGAGUGCUCUGGGGAGAAAACCAACCAUGGACCUGCGGAACGUCCCCUACCGCUCCGACGUGCUCACCUGGGACCCAGAUGACUUAGCAGAAUAUUUCAGGACGCUAAAGUACAAGGACUGUGAGAAAGUCGUGAGGAAGCACAGCAUAAAUGGACAAAGGUUUUUGAACAUGUCUGAAAAUGAUAUUCAGAAAUUCCCAAAGCUCAGAGUGCCAAUUGUAAGUAAAUUAAGCCAAGAAAUAAACAAAAAUGAAGGGAGGCUCUCCUUCCUUCCAAAAUGGGCCCAAACACAAAAAUCUCCAGAAAACACAGGGUACGCUCAGGAUGACGGCGGCUGGUCUUCGUUUGAUGAUGAUGAUGAUGAUGACUAUGAAAGCCCCGAUGAAGACCAGGAGAAGGAAGAUGAGGCUGACUAUGAAUCACCAACAGAGGAGCCUGAGGAAGCAGAACAUGACAGUGAUGGCUAUGAGCCACCUCCAUCCAAUAAUGAAGAAGCACAUCACAGUGUUAUAUUUCCUGCCAAGUCACUUCCAAGCAGCACAGAUUAUAUAGACAGACCUACAACAACCAGAUCAGCACAUCAGCCUCCACAUCAGCCUCCAGUACCGCCCCAGAGACCUGGCCCAGCCUCAUAUGGGGGAAGAAGUGCUACUCUGCCAGCUUUCCCUCCUCCACCAAGCAACAACGACUUGAGUAGAGACAGAAACAUGAAGCCCUUGAAACCCCCAGCUCCUUCUAUAGACAGAAGCACCAAACCGUCUCUGGAUCGCCUUGCUCCCCCAUAUGAAAGAGAAAGCCCAGGAUCAGGGAAGAAGCCAAGCAUUCCUGAAAAGCCUCUGGUUUCACAGCUAAGAUCCCUGGGAGAACAGUUAGCAAUGAUGCCAAAACCUCCUGUCCCACCAAGUGACAGAUAUGAAAGAGGCAACCCCCCUCCUCUAAGGAAGCCAAGCCCUGCCAAGCCCAGUUGGCCACCACACAAGAAAAAUGAAGAUGAAGAAGACACUGCCCUGCAAAGACCAGUGCCACAGCUGUCUUUGCCCCCAUACAGCUCUAAUGCAUUCCCACCCAAAUCUGUCAAGCCUCCACCUAAGCCAGGAUCCAACAGCAUUCCUGCUGCAGAAAGUGCUAGAAGCCUGUCUUCAACUGGCUCUCUACCACCACGCUUCCAUCCAGGCAGCAACAGCAGAUCUCCUUCCAGAGGCCCAGCUGACAUGAGACCUCCAUUGCCAAUUCCUAGCAGACAGACUGUUCACCAGGCAAACACGGAGCAAGAUGAGCCCCAGGGCUCUCUGAAGGAUGAGUGGUACGUGGCCUUUGUCAGCCGGCCCGAGGCAGAGGCAGCGCUGCGCAGGAUAAACAAGGAUGGAACAUUCCUGGUGAGGGACAGCUCAAGGAAAACAGUGACUCACCCCUAUGUCCUGAUGGUGCUGUACAGAGACAAAGUGUACAACAUCCAGAUUCGCUACCAGGAGCAGGACCACUUGUACUUGUUAGGAACCAGCUUGAAAGGAAAAGAGGAAUUUUCUUCUGUAGCAGAUAUCAUUGACCACUUCCAAAGAACACCCCUUCUUCUGAUUGAUGGAAAAGACAGAGGCUCAAGAAACCAGUGCAUGUUAAAAUACGCUGCAGGACAUAUUUAAACGAAACUUUAGAGAAGAUCACAUAGUACUGAAGCCUUCUGAAGUUUAUAAAUGUCAAGAUAUUUCCCUUUUCAGCAAACUAAAAUCAUGAAGUCAUUAAAAUUCACAGUUUCAAAGAAAAAAGACUACGUUAUUUUUAAAUUAUGCGUUAAAUGCAGUACUCUAUAAAUACAAUUUUCCUACAAAGUGUCCAUUAAUCAUACAGCACAUGAGAUCAUGAGUUUUUUUUUUCUUCCAAGAUAGGCAUGUUCUCUUGAAAUUAUUUCCACACCAAAUUUGAUGAACCAUAAAUAAAUAUCCAUACAAGCCUCUGCUUUCAUGGGAGCUCUUUUUUUUGGAUCAGAAUUGCAACAGCAAUUUUGUUGUUUUUAGUGAUGCAGAGUAGACCCAAACAUUGUCAAAGCUGCGGAGUAGACAACAUAAAAGCCAAUUUUUUUUCAAUAAAUCAAACUCUGCUCACUUCUAUGAAAAGAUCAACUCAGAUCUGAGAGACACACAGGUUUCAGUGGCACCAAAAACCCUCCAACCCUGGAAAUGCAGGUGCCUGUCAGGAUCUGUGUCGGGGUUAUUCAGCUGUGAAAUUGUCUGUUCCCACUUUUCCAGGAAAACACCACACCCACACGGAGCACAUCCUCUCUGCCACAGCUCUGGGGAUCCCAUGCCUCAGCCCACAACUGGAAUUUCGUAUUUCCUACAAUUCUCCAACCUCACUCAGAAAGAAGGUUUUCUCCACACACAUCUCUCUUCAGCUGUGUCUUUCUGGCUGAAUCAAGCAACUGCAUUUUUACAGGGAGCACGUCAACAAAAUUAUCCUCAUGUGACCCUUACGUGGCAGAACCCCUCAGAUCUCUUAGAAAGCACACACAGGCCAAACUGAGUUCCUCUUGCACAACUGCUUUCUGUUUUACUGUAUUUUUUAAAGAAAAAAAGGGACACUCAGUUCAAAAAUACAAGUUGUAGCUGAGGAACACUGAAGCCCCUUUGUUAAGUGGGAUUUAUCCAACCACUUGCCCUGGGUUUCAAAUUCCCUUGGAUUCAAAUCACCUUGGUUUCAUAAUUAUGACUUUUAUCACCCUUUUUCUCCUUUAAAGUCAUGGUGUCUAUAUCAGUUAAAACACUGGAACCAAAAUUCAAGGUAGAAAAUACCUUCCAUAGAAUCUGUAAAGCUUCCCAGAUAACAUAAUGAGAUUUCAUAAACAGUUUUCCUUAUAGAAAUAUGUUUUGUAAGUGUUCCUUUCUAAGAUGUUUAGGUAAGAGCUGGAAUUCAAAGAUAGCAAAGUUCAUUUCCAUGCAACUAUGAGUCCAAAAAUAAAGGUGAAAAAUAAAAUUUAAAAACUCUUUCAGCUGACAAAAGCUGCUUCUAGCCCAAUAUUUUAAAAAUGGACUACUAAUCUGGUGAAAGAAAAGUCAGUCAAUCUGUCUUUUUCAAAAACUGUUAAAAUUAAGAACAACAUUCCCCAUAUCACCACUGACUCCUGUGAACUGUAAUUUAUUCCAUUGCCCUGCCUUGAAAAAUCUGACAUCCCAGAAAUACCUCCUAUGGAAUUGUGUUUUAUUGAUUUUAAAUAAUCUCACCAGCAAAAGAGCAAUAAAACAUAAACCAGCAUAAGAAAUUCUAACACUGUGUACUUUUUAAAGUAGAAUAAACCUCUAUUUGAUUAUUCAGAGAAAUAUACUUGGUGUAAGAGUAAAGCUACAUCUCAACAUUCAAAUAUGUCCACCAGUAAAGUGUGAUUGAAUAUUUAUUGUAAUGAACUAGGUGAAAAUAGUGGCUGUGUAAAUGUUGGGCCAAAUAGAUUUCAGGCUAGAGCACUGAAACCACAAACUCCUCCCUAUUCUUGUAGCUAGUUGCAUUAGAGAGUCAUUACAGAAACUAGAAUGGAAAGCAUUUUUGGUUUUCCAGAAGUAACCUGCUCUUUGACCUCUCCCUCAGCAACAUUUUUUAGACGAGGAAGGCAGCUCAAAACACAAAUUGCAGUUCCUCCUUCACUGGCAGUUUCUUAUCCUGUUUUCCCAGGCAUAACUGAGACAAGAGACAGUGACUUGAAGUAAAUUUCAAAUCUUUUGUUACUGCUCCAACAGGUUUUUGUUUAAAAGGAGAAAACCAUGCGAGAAACUUCAUGCCCAGUUUCCUGACCUUUUUAAUUAUUUACAUCAGUCUUUCCAGCCCUAGGCUUAAUUUGGGAAAUGUGGGUUGAAAAAGCCACUCUCAGAAUCCAUAACCUAGCUUUUUUUCCAUUCCACAUGUUUAGCUUAAAACAAAAAUAGUCUACCUGCAGGAAACCAUGCUAUCAUUGCACAGUUCAAACUUAAUUAAAAGA